UCCUCGUAUCUCCUAAUGCUGUCAAAUGCGUGGCGUCAACGAAGCCUCAGGCAGAGUUUAAUUUCAAUGAUAUUUUCAAGCGAACGCGCACGGGACGCCUAAAACAGAGGAAUUUUGUAAUUUAUAGUUUCGAAAUUCGAAUGUCGAUUGUUUCUCGUCCGGGUGCAAUCCGAUCGCCAGAGGCCAUCGUCGUUAUCGUUCUCGACGCGACUCGAAACGACGCUUCUGUCGUUCACGACUCCCCCGUAUUUUCCUGCCAAUAUCAUCCUCCGCGUCUUCCUCGGUCGUCGCGCCUUUUAUUAAAGCCGAACCGCCGCGGCGUCGGGAUUCAGUUCUCCGAUAUUUCUCCGACGGGGAAGACCCGCCGCUAACCGCGCGAAAAUUAACUGCAGUUCAGAAGGACGCGAGUCAACCGGCAACUUCGGUCACAUCAAUCAGACUGGACUGAGGACAACGCGUAGCUUUUUCAAACUUAAGAAGAAUAUAAAAAAAUGUCAAUUAUCAUGCAGUACGUCGAUCAGUUCCAUGAAAUUCUGGAUAAGCAUGCCGAUUCCCGUACCACGAAUUGGUUUUUAAUGAGCUCACCUUUCCCCACGCUUUUCAUAUGCCUCAGUUACGUUUACGUAGUCAAAGUUUUAGGACCAAAAUUUAUGGAAAAUCGUAAACCUUAUCAACUGAAAGAAGUUCUCAUUCUGUAUAAUUUCAUACAGGUUAUAUUUUCCGCAUGGCUUUUUUACGAGUGCCUGAUGGGCGGAUGGUGGGGACACUAUAACUUCCGUUGUCAGCCUGUGGAUUAUACGGAAAGUUCAACAGCCGUAAGGAUAGGAAUAUCCGGAUGGUUCACUGGGGACUAUUCGCUAACCUGUCAGCCCGUAGAGUACGAUGAUCGACCCCAAGUAUUGAGGAUGGCCUACGCGAGCUGGUGGUACUAUUUCUCCAAGUUCACGGAAUUCUUUGAUACGAUCUUCUUCGUUCUUCGGAAGAAAAAUGAUCACGUUUCAACCCUACACGUUGUUCACCACGGGUGCAUGCCCAUGUCUGUUUGGUUCGGCGUUAAAUUCACCCCGGGCGGCCACUCGACCUUCUUCGGACUGUUGAACACCUUCGUUCAUAUCGUGAUGUAUUCUUACUACCUCCUUUCCGCACUAGGACCAAAAGUAGCCCCAUAUCUAUGGUGGAAGAAAUAUUUGACGGCGUUCCAAAUGCUCCAAUUCGUCGCUAUUAUGGUUCACGCUUUCCAACUCCUCUUCAUCGAUUGCAAUUACCCCAAAGCAUUUGUAUGGUGGAUCGGAAUGCACGCUGUCAUGUUCUUCUUCCUCUUCAACGAAUUUUACCAGCAACAAUACGCCCAGAAGAGAUUGAAGGCUAGUAAAAAAGGAUCGCAAACUUCGUUGACGAAUCAAUCAAACGGCAGCGUCCAUUCAAACGGUAAAGUUGACAAUAUCGAUAACAAUACGACGUCGCUACCGUCUUCUUCUCCUCCGUCGAACGGUUCCGUACGCAGAAGAGACGCCGCCGAUUAUUACGUUAAGGGGGAUCAAAGUUUGACCGCAUCGGAGUUAGAAUUAAGAAAAUCUUACGCGUCCGCUGAGUGACACGCGACUGUUAAAUACUUAUAUUGAAAGAGAAAAGAAACAAAAAAAGAGACGAGAGAGAAAAAAAUGUUAAUAUGAUCACACUUAAUAUUAUUGUUAUAUUCGCCCAGCAGUGUUCUCAGAGGUAUAAUUGAAGAAAAAAAAAUUUUAAUUAAAAAAAAAAAGGGAGAGAGGUAGAGAGAGAGAGAGAUAAAUAAGAGGACAAGAAAAAUAAUGAAAAGAAAACAGAAACGUUUCAAACAUUACAAUAUUCCGUAAUUUUAUUUUAAUUAUUGAUUAAUUGAACAGUCAUUUAAUUGAUCAUUACAGAUUUGAAUUAUGUGAAUAUAUUGAAAAAUAUUCUGCGCGAUUAUAUAUAUACCUAUAUAUAUGUGCUCAAACGGACCUGUGAUAUGAGAGGAAUUGAUCAACAAAUCCGAAUAUUUUUCUUACGAUGUAUAAAUGUAUAGCUUAAAAGCCGGGAAUCGCGACGCUUCCAUGAUUUCUCUUUGAAAUGUUGUUCUUUUGUAUAAACUGAGAAUGAAAAAAAAAGAAAAAUUAACAUCACCGGAAUGAAUAUCGCUGCCAAAUCGCUACCGUUUCCAUACUAUAAAAAGAAGAAAAAAACCAUCACGGACUUCAAAAUUUCGAUCAAGGUCAACGAAGCUGUGAAUACAGAAGCGGUGCUAACCGAGACAGACAGAGAAGAAAAAAAUACCACAAAAGAAAAACUAAAUAAGGAGAAAAAUAUAUAUGUAUGUGGAGAAUCAAACUUGACGGGUUAAACCUAAAUAGUAGAAUAUUUAUUCCCUAGUAAAACAACGUCGGAGCGAUGUUAAAAGAAAAAAACCUCUUGACAUAUUUAUAUUCUUUGCGAAAUAGAGCAUCACCGAUGACUGAUGUUAGGAAAUGCGAUAAAGAAAUAGAUGAAUUAAUGAUUGGAAAAAAUGAUACCAAUUAAAAUAACAAGAAAUUAAAAGCAAUGUAAAAAAAAAUGUUUUCAGUCGUCUUUGACGCCUACUAUUAUUCCAGAGUGCAAGGUCAUAAAAAUUCGAAGUUAAUAAUAGACAAGCACAAAACGAAGUACCAUUAAAUGGCGUGACACUAAUUUAUUAGAAAAUGUUUGACUACCGCCAGCUCAUUAUCUCUCGAGUACAUGGGCAUCUGUAAUACCCCCUUAUAUACUGUCAAUAGUUGAUUAUUGGUUAGCUCCUGUACUCGUAGAAUGAAAAUUUAAAAAUAAUAAAAAAAAAAAAAAAAACGCACAAACAAACGGAAAGAGAAACAUCUGUAGAUAGGUAGAUUAGUUUUUUACUAUCGAAUGUUACAUAUUAUAAUUAAUCACUAUACCUACACUGUAUGUAUGUAUAUCAUUGUUAUAAUAUCACCCAUGUUACGUAUCACCGAUGCUAUUGCAUUUUAUGAAGAUAUAGUCUUAUGAGCGGAAAAACAGAAGCAAAAAAAUCAGCCGUGAAUUCACACACCUACUUUAGUAUGAUUCUUAAUUUAUGUAUGUAUAGAUGUAUUAAGUGCCGUUAAAAUUACUAUCUUUAUUACCUAUUAUUGUUAUUAUUAUCGUUUUUGAUUUGUUUCGUUAAUUAUACAUAUUGUAGAGUAGGAAAGCGGCUCUGUACAUAAUCUGUGACGCGCAGUUGUAACAAAUGAAAUCAAAGCAAAUUUAUGAUGUAAAAAAAGUAACCUCAUAGGGUUUCCUUGUUGAUAAAAUUAGGACGUAUUAUGUUUAAUGAAUAGAUAUUGAAUUAUCUGUUGAUGGGAAGAAGCUUGAAGUUAGUUGAGAACGGAAUGACUAAAACAAAGAUUGAUUUUUAGCUUGAUGCUUUUAAUUAAGAGCUCUUUUUCUGUACUAUAAUUUAAAUAAUCAUGUCAAUUAUAAUUUACGGUAUGUCUGUCAAUGAUUACAAAUAACCAUUAAGAUGAAAUGAAGAGAAAUUGAAUAACUAUCAAAUAGUCCAUAGGAAUACAUGAAUUUCUAUUUGAUGUUACUAUUAACAAAUUCUAGAAAUACAUCCAACUUUUAAGAAAUCUUUGUCGAAUAAAUGUAGAAGAUAAAUACAUACAUACAUACAUACAUAUUUAGAUAUAGAUUGCAAUUUAGUAGGUAUCAUAUCAUAUUGUAAAAUGGUUUGAAAAAAAAAACGUACGCGUCGGAACUUGAAGUUGUUUUGUUGCAAGUAUUGCGUCGUGUAUAAAUGAAAAUAAAAUGAUAUAAAUGAAAUAGCCUUAUUGAAUAUGCAUAACAAUUUCUACAUCAUACUGAAUUAUAAACCAAGAAUGAUAUACGGAAAAAACAGCCUUUUCAUCUUUAAGUCAAUUUUAUUAUAUUGUGGUACAAAUAAUAAUUAGGUAAUGAAUGAUAAUUGUUAUAAGAAUUUUAGUUAUCGAUUCUCGUUCGUUCAAGCGCGUUCAAAUAUGUUAUUAUAUUUUUCUGCAGAACAACGAUGUCAUGUAUUCGUAUCUCUUGCUGACGAAUAAAUUUAAUUAUACCGA